CAGACAUGCAAGGCGCCUCUAGUAUCAUUACGAUCAGCAAUCCUCGGUAAUCAUCAUCUUCAAGAAUUACCAAUCGCCAAAGCAUACCAGGUAUAUGCUUUGACACAAAUGGAGCAAAAACGAUCAGACGCAGCCCACAAGGUGAAAUGGGCAAAAUUCGUUGCCGCGGUCGAGAAUGAAGAUUUCACUACUACCCAGGCAAUGUUCGACUCUAAGCAACUCGGAGACAUCCACACUUGGGACGAGUUCAGGAUGGCUGCUGACUCCAGAGAGCUGACAACUUGCCUCCGUCACCGAGGAGGAGAGCCUUUGCGGGGAGUUUUGGCCAGCGCAGCGGAGUCGAUAGACGAUCUAAAGACAUUCCAAGAACGAGGCCUGGACUUGGAGCGUAGCGGUCAUUUAUUACUGCAAGAUUUCGCGAACAGGCCAGAAAUCGUGGACUACAUACUCGCGCAAGGCUGUGACAUCAACGAGACUGAUUGUAGGAGAAUGUACGACGGCGUCAUACUUCCUCGGGGAAUGUUUGAUUUCUCCCAUCAUCUUCUGGACAGAGUGGCCGCCCUCGGAAACGUUGAGUUCUUUGACCUCUUAGUUGCACGAGGUGCCGAUCCUCUGCGGAGUUCGGCUCUCCAUCGUGUCUCAGUGUGUCACAGCGAGCAAAAGUCCCUUUCAAUGCUUUCUUCAUUAAUCGACCGUCACAACCUUGAUAUCAAUGCAAAUCUGUAUGAGGGCUAUAACGAUCUGUUCGAUUACGGCCCGGAGAAUGGAACGCCACUUUGCAGUGCCGUCUAUAAUCGCAACCUUCCAGUGGCAGCGGAGCUUCUCCGGCGAGGAGCAAAGAACCAGGACCUGAAGCGGCCAGUUCAAAUAGCCAUCGGCGGGUACUGUGGAAUUGAAUAUCAGGAGCUGGCUUUGAUUCUGCUCAUGGAAGAGGGCGGAGUUGACGCGCAAAAGGUGCUGAGUGAAGCAGUCGGGCUAGAUCAGAUUUCUGCUGCGAAGUUGUGCCUUGAACGUGGCGCCGAUGCAAUUCAUACUUUACGUGAGCAGAUCUUAGAGGACGAACUCUCUCUGGCCCAAGAGCUCAAUCCUCCUAGCGCUGUUGGAAAUAUCAAAUACCAUAGGAAGAUGUCUGAUGAAAUGAGAGCGCUUCUUGAACAAGGGAAGGGCAGGGUUUCAGGCUUACCGUACAAUACGAAUUGAUCAUGAGCGUCGUAACGCAUGAUGUCUCUCCGUUUUGGGGCGUUCUGCUAUGUGAUGGCAAGCCACUCAGGCUAACAAAGGAAGGAUCAAUGAAGUCCAUGCACAUAUGCCCAACAAAUCGGCCGCUUUCAGAGGAGUAAUAUGGGUCCCACGAUGAAGUCCAAAGUCUUAUCAAUUAAUGAAGAAGACAAUCUCGUACUUGCGUUAGACCACUAGCCAGUCUGCUUCGCAUUCUAGCAAUCUUGCAAUACUAC